ACCGGCAGUUGAGACUGAUUCUCCACAAGACGGUUCCCUACAAGUCAGUGUUCUGCGUGGAUCCAACUUCGUACCAGUGAUCUAAUCAUCUCAGUGUAAUUCAAACUAUCGUCCAGUUAACUUGAUACCACUUCUUGGAACUAACAAUCAACAACAACAACAUGGCUAUCUCUUUAUCAACGGAAGACAAAUUGGAGUAUCAAUUCUACCCAGUAUCAGGUGGACAAAUUCAAUUUCGUGUACGUGCACCAAAUGAUGUCCAUGUUGCUCUCACUUAUGGCCCACAAGAGGGUGAACCAAUGUAUGAGGUUUUUAUUGGAGGUUGGAGUAACAGUAAAUCUGUGAUCCGUAAGAACCGUGCAAAACCGGAAGUCGUUGAAGUUGAAACUCCUGGAAUAUUAAGUAAUGAUGAACUGCGUGGCUUUUGGAUUAGAUGGCAACCAGGAGUUAUCACUGUCGGUAAAGAAGGCGAACCCUCUCCAUUUUUGACAGCUGAAGAUUACGAAAUUUCUCCCUUCACCUAUUUCGGUAUUUGUACUGGCUGGGGAGCAACAGGAGAAUGGCUUAUUGAAGCAAGAUGUAUUUCGGGUUAUGGUGGAGACAAUCCUCAUGCGAAUGUAACACCAUCAGCUCCCCUCCAAAUGGGUGGUGGAGGAGGUGAUGGUAGCGUUUGCUGGUGCGAUGCAUCAGGUGGUAUAAUACCACCCAAUGCAGUAGAAGGUGGUCGAGAUGAUGAGCCCCUAUUUGUAGGAAGGGCUAAUCAUGCAGGUGCUCUGAUUCCUGGUAAAGUUAAAGCAAGCCAUGGAGUAUGUUAUGUAGCAUGGGGUGGUGAAGAACAUGGGAAACCUGACUAUCAAGUUCUUUGUGGAUGCCAUCCUCAAUGGGUUCCCACUAGUGGCGGAAAUGUACCACCAAAUGCAAUUCCAGCUGGAGAAACAGAAGACGGUGAACCACUAUUUGUCGGUCGCGUUAACCAUGAGGGAACUGUGACCAUUGGCAAAGUUCAAGCAUCUCAUAAUGUCUGUUACAUCCCAUACGGAGGAUCUGAAGUUGCAUUUCCUGACUAUGAGAUUCUAGUUGGACAAUAAAAUAUUCUAUGAAGAAAGAGAAAGAGAGAAAGAAAAAAAUGAAAAUUCUACUGCAUUAGAUUAGCUUGCAUUAAAUGAAAGAUCUGAAAAACAGGAGAUUAUAUAUUACAAUAAAUGUGAUUGAUUUACAAUUAACAGGGAAUAUGCCUUUAAAAGGUAGAUUGCUUUUGCACUGGCAGUUAAUAAAAGUUAUAUUAGAUGGCUUUUGCCAAUAUUUAUAAAUAAUGUUAUUAAACAUGUUAGAAAAAUAUUUAUAUUA